AUUCAGUUACAACACAACACAGUUGUGUUUGUCAGCGUAAUGGCAGUUAACGGGGCAGGAUUAAGGACGGUGAGCCAUUCCGAGCAGAUUUAUAUAGAUUUGACACCACCGGAGUUUGAAUACGUUUACGAUGGUGAUAGUUCAGAUUUUGAUAUCCAAUUUCAAACGUCACUCAACAUCAGCAUGGCCUGGUCAGUGAAGGAUCCAGAAUCGGGAAUACAGGAGUGCUCCUGGGCAAUAGGCUUGUCACCAAUGGAUACAUCGCUACAAGAUUAUACACAGAUAGCCAUAACGGAGAAUGUUGCGAGUACAGUUAUAAGUUCAACACCGUAUGAUCGAAUAUUUUCGACCAUGAGAUGCACGAAUGCAGCUGGUCGUACGGCUUCUAUUUCUACAGAUGGGUUGAAGGUUUUAAACAUGUCGUUGGCAACAAAUGACGUAUACAUCUCCUUAAUGGCAAUAUCUGAGACACAAUAUCCGGCUAUUGGAAAGUACCAUGGCAACAGGACUAGAAUCAAGUUUCAGUGGGCGGGUUUCAGACAAGAUGAAGGAAUAAAUAAUUAUUUGAUAUCCCUAGUUGGUGUUGACACCUCGUUCUCUGAAACAGUCGUCGGUAGUACAUCUGAUGUUAACUUUGCUAGUUUUACCGGAUUGAACCUUGAGGAUGGCCAAUAUAAAGUAACAUCCCCAGUCCAACUGGGGUCCCAGAUGUCACUUCAAGGACCUCCCAACCCAGGAAACCCUCAUCAAAUCUCCAUAUUAGCAGAUCAUGAUAUACAGAGAAUUGUAGACUCACUGAAGAUCUCACUAAAAGAUGAAAUAAAUGUCAUAGUGAAUGUUGUCAUACAGGCUCAAGUUCAACCCCUAAAAGAUGAGCUGACACACUUAAGGGCAAAGGUCAGUCACCUUGAAGGUGAAAUGGAUGCAGCAAACCAGUAUAGUAGAAGAAACUGUAUACUGAUCAGCAACAUGAAGGAGUUGCCUGAUGAAAAUACCAAUGAUAUUGCCAUACAGGUGGCAAAAGAAGGUGGCCUUGAUAUUACACCCUCUGUUAUAGACAGGGGUGAACUUGCCUUCCAAUGCAGACACUUGAAAAAGAAUCCCAAAUCCCCUGUACUUGACACUUGGACCUAUGAUGGUAACAUCUACAUCAAAACAGAGGUGAAAGGCCACAUGAUCAGAGUCAACACCCACAAUGACCUUGUUCAGUUUGGUUACAACCCAAACCAAUCAAUGAACUGA